GGAACAGCAACACUCUUGAAGUCAUCUACAAAGACGCCGCACUUAUUUGUAUUUGUUGUCGCACUUCCAUACCAUGGCGCAUGACGAUCAAGACUUCGUGGUUCUGGAGGACCAAGAUCUAGCCGAUUUCAACGCCGCAGGGCUUCUUCCACAAUCCUCUGGCACUAUUGAUCAAAUUCUUAAGUGGUUGAACCCUACAGACUAUACGGCAGAUUCCAGCGAGUAUAACAAACAUCUCUCCUCGUAUGUUCCAGGAACUGGUGUAUGGAUUCAGGAAAGUGGCCAGUACCAGGAAUGGCUCAAUUCAGAUCGUGGAGCCUUAUGGAUUAAGGCCACUGCUGGUGCUGGCAAAUCUGUCGUUGCUGCUCAUGUCGCCUCAUUGCUUACUGCUAAAGAGAAUGUCCCCGUGUUGAGCUUCUUCUUUCGUCAAAUAAUAGCAACAAACCGUACCCCCCAAGCCUUGAUCCGGGAUUGGCUUGCACAGCUCCUAAGAUUUCCCCCCCCUCUUCAGAAGAAGUUAAAAGAGCUUCUUAAUCAGAGACGAAGCCUCGAGACCUUAUCCCUUGAUCAACUCUGGGAGAUCGCCUUGUCCGCAAUGGCAAGUUGCUCUCGCACUUAUUGUGUUGUUGAUGCUCUCGAUGAAAUGGAUAGUGGAAACGAAGAUUUCGUGCGCAAACUCGUUCGUCUAGUACAAGAGAAACCCUCUUCCAUCAAGCUGCUUGUUACCAGUCGCCCGCUGCCUCAUAUCGAAAAAGUCCUCUCAAAUCCCCAUAUCACUCAGCUUCCUCUGCGGCCUCAGCUAGUGGGUCGCGAUAUCGCCAUAUAUAUCAGGGAGCGAUUGUACUCUACCCACUUUCCCUGCGAAGCCAGAGUAGCCAUUGAAGAUGUUUUGGGCAGGAAAUCGCAAGGGUUAUUUCUCUACACUCGGCUGAUGUUGGAUGAAAUCUUAGAAGUAGGAUUCACUGACAUUCAGAGCCUCCAAAUUGCCCUCGAAGGAUUACCCAGUGGGCUGGGUGACACGUACACUAAAAUGCUCUUCGAUCAUUCCGCACGCUCCGGUACACCACAAGAUCUGCAGCUUUUUAUACUCAAAUACGUGACACAUUCUUCAAGGCCGCUUCGUUUACUUGAAUUGUCCACGUUGGUGGAUUUUGUUCGCAAAAGUCCUCGAACUCAAUUUGCGUCAGAUGUUCAUCCUUCGACGUUGGGUACAAAAUCGAUUGUUAGAACGGCUUGUGGACCACUGUUAGAGAUUCUGGAGGACGAGACUGUGUCAAUUAUACAUCAUUCGCUGACCGAGUACCUGAGAAGUCCGCAAAAAGUUGAAGAGGCUCUACCCUUUCUCGAACCUGCCCAACCCGUGGGAUAGAAAAUCUCAUGACGUUCAAGUAAAUUAAUACUGACUUUAAAACAUGCAUAGGGAGCUUGUUCGAAUUUUCCUAUAUCGAAUCUAAGGACGCGCAUUUGAAUAUUGCAAAGACAUGCAUCGACUACCAGCAAAACAACUUCAACGUCGCCAGAUUGACACAUCCAUUUCUUGAUUACGCAACCAAAAAUUGGGCCUAUCACGCAUUAAAGUGCGAGAAAGGCGAUGAAAAUCUUUUCCGACUCCUGGACU